GGGUAUCAGUUAAAAAUGACUGAAGUUCAAGCAAUGGUAGAAUUCUCCGUGGAGCUAAACAAGUUCUACAAUGUGGAUUUAUUUCAGAGAGGUUUUUACCAGAUUCGUGCAUCUAUGAAAAUUCCACCAAGAAUUCCCCACAGAGUAGAAGCUAGUUUGUUACAUGUAACAGGUAUGACUUUAGCUUUUCCAGCUUCAGUUCAUGAUUCUCUGAUUUGCAGUAAAACAUUUCAAAUUCUAUACAAAAAUGAAGAGGUUGUUUUAAAUGAUGUUAUGAUCUUCAAAGUUAAAAUGUUAUUGGAUGAAAAAAAGAUUGAAGAAACCCUUGAGGAAAUUAGUUUUCUGUUAUCCUUGGAUCUGCACUUCACAGAUGGAGAUUAUUCGGCAGAUGAUUUGAACGCCUUGCAACUAAUAAGUAGCCGAACUUUGAAGCUGCACUUUAGCCUCCAUAGAGGCCUUCAUCAUCAUAUUAAUGUUAUGUUUGAUUAUUUCCACCUUUCUGUUGUGUCUGUUACAGUCCACGCAUCAUUGGUUGCGCUACACCAGCCACUAAUAAGCUUUCCUCGUCCAGUGAAGACUACUUGGUUAAAUAGAAAUGCACCAGCACAAAACAAAGAUUCUGUGAUUCCUACUCUUGAAAGUGUGGUCUUUGGUAUUAACUACACAAAACAGUUAUCACCAGAUGGAUGCAGUUUCAUCAUUGCGGACUCCUUCCUACAUCAUGCCUAUAAUUUUCACUAUACGCUUUGUGCCACUUUGCUGCUAGCAUUCAAGGGAUUGCACAGCUACUUCAUUACGGUAACAGAAGAGAUUCCCUCUUGUCAGAAACUAGAACUGGAGGAAAUGGAUAUACAAGCUCGACUUACUGAACUAUGUGAAGAAGUUAAGAAAUUAGAAAAUCCUGAUGAACUGGCAGAACUUAUAAAUAUGAAUCUUGCACAACUUUGCUCACUUCUAAUGGCUUUAUGGGGACAAUUUCUGGAAGUUAUAACACUGCAUGAAGAACUAAGAAUAUUAUUAGCACAAGAGCACCAUACUUUGAGGGUACGCAGAUUUUCUGAGGCAUUCUUUUGUUUUGAACAUCCAAGAGAAGCUGCCAUUGCAUACCAGGAACUUCAUGCUCAGAGUCAUCUACAGAUGUGCACCGCUAUCAAAAAUACAUCCUUCUGCAGUUCUCUUCCACCCCUACCUAUUGAAUGUAGUGAAUUAGAUGGAGAUCUUAAUUCAUUACCUAUAAUCUUUGAAGAUAGGUAUUUAGAUUCUGUUACUGAAGACUUAGAUGCACCCUGGAUGGGAAUUCAGAAUCUUCAGAGAUCAGAGUCCAAUAGAAUGGAUAAAUAUGAGACUGAAGAAAGCUCUGUAGCUGGACUUUCUAGCCCAGAGUUGAAAGUCAGACCUGCUGAUGCCUCCAAUAUUUGGUAUACAGAAGGUGAAAAGCAGCUAACAAAAUCUAUAAAAGAAAAGAAUGAAGAAUCAAAUAAAUCCAAAGUUAAGGUUACUAAGCUUAUAAAAACAAUGAAACCUGAAAACACAAAAAAAUUAAUAAAACAGAACUCUAAGGAUUCUGUGGUUUUGGUAGGCUACAAAUGUUUGAAAAGUACAGCAUCAAAUGAUCUCUCUAAAUGCUUUGAAGGCAGUCCUUCACAUAGUCAGAAAGAAGGUCUGGAUCCCACAAUAUGUGGAUAUAAUUUUGACCCAAAGACCUACAUCAGACAGACAAGUCAAAAGGAAGCUAGCUAUUGGCUAGCUAAUACAGAGAGAACUGAACAAAAGUCUCCAGAUAUUGAAAAUGUGCAGCCAGACCAAUUUGAUACUUUGAACUCUGGCAGCCUAAAUCUUUGUGCAAAUUUGUCCAUUUCAGGUAAACUUGGUAUCUCCCAAGAUGAUAGUGAACUUACACAAGUGGAGCACAAUAUGACAUCCAGAAGUUCAUCAGACGAUUGCCAUGAUCACCAGACAGCCCCAUCUUCAGGAGUUAGAACAAUUGAAGUAAAACCCCAUAAUAAAGAUCCUUUCAGGGGAGAAAAAGUAACUGUUAAAAUAGGACCUUGGACAGAGCCACGACAAGAUGAAAUUUUUGUGGAUAAUUUACAGCUACCCAACACUGAGUCCCUAGACUCUAAUGGUAAAUCCAAAUCGAUGGAAAUAACACUUGAAAAGGAAGUUUUACAGGAAACAAAGUGUCGUUCUAUUGGAGACUCAUUAGGUAAAUUAAGAAGUAAUCUACCUGCUUCUUCUACAAAAGAGUAUCAUGUUAUAGUAAGUGGAGAUACAAUUAAGUUACCAGACAUUAAUACUACAUAUUCUUCAUCUAGAUUUUCAGAUUCAGGUGUUGAAAGUGAACCAAGUUCUUUUGCAACACAUCCAAAUCCCGAUGCAGUAUUUGAAACUGUACAAGGGCAAGGUCUUUUCAAUAAUGAAAGAUUAUUUCCUCAGCUUUUGAUGAAACCUGAUUAUAAUGUAAAAUUUUCAUUAGAGAGUCAUUGUACUGAGAGUACAAGUGCUUUAAGUGAAAUACAGUCAUCUUUGACCUCCAUAAACUCUCUACCUUCUGAUGAUGAACUGUCACCUGAUGAAAAUUCUAAGAAAUCUGUUGUACCUGAAUGCCAUCUAAGUGAUAGCAAAACUGUAUUAAAUCUGGGAACAAUUGAUUUGCCAAAAUAUGAUGACAGUAAAAAGUCAAGUAUUAUCUUGCAACAGCAGAGUGUUGUAUUUUCAGGGCAUUUGGACAAUGAAGCUAUAGCAAUACAUUCCUUAAAUUCAAGCACUAAAGACUCUUUGCAAUUUGUUUUUUCAGAUGAAGAUACUUCCAGUGAUGUGAAAAGUAGUAACAGCUCCAAAACUAACCUGGACAGUAUGAGUAAAGGCUCCCAGAGUCCUAAUAAAUCUCAUAACUCUUCAGGGACAGCAAUAACAUUAAAUUCAACAUUGAUUUGUUUAGGAGCUCCUUGUGUUGUUUCAGGUUCUGUUUCUACUAAUACAGAAAUUAAUGAAGAUAGAACUAUGAAAAGAAUAGACAGUGAUGCAUUAAAUCUCAAACAAAUAUGUUCAGAAGCCUCUGUGGUUAAAACUGAAAGUUGUUUGGGUAUAGGGGACCCUUUUUCAGCCAAUAUUGAUGUGGUAAAGCAAGGGCUUGUAGAAAAUUAUUUUGGUUCUCAAAGGAGUACAGAUAUUUCUGACACAUGUGCCAUAAGCUACAGCAAUUCCUUUAGCUCUCAGAAGGAAACUUUUGAAAAAGAAAUUAGUAAUCUUCAGCAGGAACAGAAUAAAGAAGAGGAAGAGGAAGAACAGGAUCAACAAAUGGUUCAAAAUGGGUAUCAUGAAGAAACAGAUUAUUCAGCUUUGGAUGAAACAGUAAAUGCUCACUAUCCAAGCAGAGAUGCACUAGGAGAAGAAAAACUUAUAAAAUCUGAAAAAAUACAUAAUGAAUAUCUUAGGGAUGGUAUAAACAUGCCUACUGUUUGUACAUCUGGUUGUUUGUCCUUCCCAUCUGCACCACGAGAGUCUCCUUGUAGUGUUAAAUAUUCUAAAAGUAAAUUUGAUGCCAUUACAAAACAGCCAAGCAGCACUUCUUUCAACUUUACUUCAUCAUUUUCCUGGUAUGAAAAUUCACCAAAACCUCAAAUACAAGCUUUCCUUCAGGCAAAAGAAGAAUUGAAGCAACUUAAACUUCCAGGGUUCAUGUACAGUGAUGUUCCUCUGCUGGCAUCCUCAGUACCUUAUUUUAGUGUGGAAGAAGAAGAUGGUUCUGAAGAUGGAGUACAUCUUAUUGUCUGUGUGCAUGGUCUAGAUGACUUAUAUUUUAUUGGACAUUCAUUGGGCAAUUUAAUAAUCCGUUCAGUGCUUACAAGGCCAAGAUUUAAAUAUUACCUCAACAAACUUCAUACUUUUCUGUCUCUUUCUGGACCUCAUCUUGGUACACUCUACAAUAGCAGUGCUCUUGUUAACACAGGUCUCUGGUUUAUGCAGAAAUGGAAAAAAUCAGGUUCUCUUUUGCAACUGACAUGUCGAGAUCAUUCAGACCCUCGCCAAACUUUCUUAUACAAGCUUAGUAAGAAAGCAGGGCUUCAUUACUUCAAAAAUGUUGUGCUAGUGGGAUCUCUACAGGAUCGCUAUGUUCCUUAUCACUCUGCCCGCAUUGAGAUGUGUAAAACAGCAUUAAAGGACAAACAGUCAGGACAAUUCUAUUCCGAAAUGAUCCAUAACUUGCUUCACCCAGUUCUGCAAAGCAAGGACUGUAAUUUGGUUCGAUAUAAUGUCAUUAAUGCAUUGCCCAAUACAGCUGAUUCACUAAUUGGAAGAGCUGCCCAUAUAGCUGUUCUUGAUUCAGAAAUAUUUUUAGAAAAAUUCUUUCUGGUUGCUGCCCUCAAAUAUUUCCAGUAGGAUAAAAGCAUUGUUAAGAGACUUGACAAUUACCUCAUUCAACAGUGAUUCAAAUAAUGUAUUAUAUUAAACUGUAGAUGUUGAUAAGUUCUAAGAAAUAUUUAUACCUUUUUAUAUGGAAGAUAAUUUAUAUCAUCCAAGUUUAGAGCUUUUUAAAACAUCAACAACUUUACUUUCUAGGUAAUGUGGCUGUGCAAUAUUUUUUUAAUUUUAUCUUUUUACUUUUCUAUUACUUUUUCAUAUAUUUUGCUACCUAAAUAUUUCAGUGAAACUUUAAGCCCACAUGUACAUCAAAUUAUUAUUGACUUUCCACAAUUCUUACAUCAGAUUACAUCAUAUUAGAGUCCAUUAUUGCUAGAAUAGCAUGGGAUUUUGAAUUUUCUAAUAUUGAGGUAUUAUUUAGUUAAUUAUAAGUUUUGCGUUUAGCAUUUUACUAUGUUUUAACUGGAAAUAAAAUGGCUGCUAAAAUAUAUUUUUUGAAAUCAAUAUCUGUAGCCCUAAAAUGUACCUUUAUUAUAUGAUCAAACCAAGUAGUUCAUAUAUGACAAUGUUAUUAAAAUUUUCUAUAAAGUCAUUGUUGCUAUAAAACAUAUUGUCAUGCCUAUUAAAAUAUAUUUUCUACUGGUUAUUUCAACAUUAUUUCUCAUACUGAUUUUUAUUACUGGAGCUUUUCAUGGUCAUGGUAGCAUCAUAUAAAUAUUUUUGAAUGUUUGAAUGCUCUCUGCUUUGAUUUGGUUGGAAUUUUGCUAAAUUUGGUAAUGUUGCUUGAACUUUCUGACUACAUUUCUUUUACUUUUUCAUGAAUUCCCUUGUAUGUACAUACAACAGUGGUUGAAAUUUCUGAAAUACUUUUAUGAAUUUAAAUAAUUUUUAAAUAUUGUUAAAAUUUAUUGAACUGAAGUAAUGUAAAUAAAAUAAUUCAUGUUAAAAUGGAGCAAAAUAAUUAACUUUACAUGUUUGGUGAUAUUGAUGCAAAAGUUUUUGAUAUAUUUAGAUGUUGAGUCUUUUGACUUUACUAAAGGUGCUGAAUAGCAUUAAAAUGACUAUUUUCCUUUCUUCUUUCACUUGUGAAAAUAAUAAAGCACUAAUGGUAGAUAGAGGUUCUGUUUGCAUUCACCAGUUGUGAUGGACAGGUUUUAUGUAUUGUAUAAAUUGGUGCAUGUUUAUUUUUAGCAUUGUGUUAUUGCUUCUGGUGUUAAUAAAUGAACAAAAUGACUAUCU